AUGGGCUUCCAAGACAAGCGCAUCGCCGUCAUUGGCGGUGGCCUCGGCGGCAUGGCCUUUGCCAACUCGGCUCGCUACGCCCAGCUAGCCAACGUGCAGCUGUACGAGUCGGCCGGCCAGCUGACGGAGGUCGGUGCCGGCGUCAACAUCACGCGCAACGCGAACCGCAUUCUGGACGCCAUGGGCGUCGGCCCCGACAUGCUGUGGCGGUCGUCACGCGACCCGCCCUGCUACAUGGAGUACCGCCACUACCGCACGGGUGCCUUUCUCGGGCAGAUCGAUGAGUUUGGCGCGCCACGCUCGCGCCAGAUCCACCGCGCUCACCUGCUUGACGCCCUGCAGCGUGGCGUGCCGGACGCGCAGGUCUCACUGGGCAAGCGGCUGGUGUCGUUGGCCUGGCAGCCUGACGUUCGCGCCUACCGUCUCUGUUUUGCCGACGGCUCCACGGCCGAGGCCGACAUCGUCAUCGGCUGCGACGGCAUCAAGAGCGUCGUUCGCCGUCAGCACUUUGGUCUGUCUGACGCCCCGGCCUACUCGGGCCAGAUGGUCUACCGCGGCUACGUCGCCUACGAGCACCUCUCGCCCACGACGGCCGCCCUGCUACGCAAGACGGUCAACUUCCGCGGUCCGCGCCGCCACAUCCUGACGCUGCCCAUCGGCAACGACGACUCGGCCACGGCCCGCGUCGGCAUCAUCGCCUUCAUGUCCGAGCCGCUCGAGAACUGGGCGUCCGAGAGCUGGCUCGAUACCGCGCCCGUCGACGACUUGCACGACCAGGUCCGCGACUGGACCGGCGCCGUCCAGGAGAUUGUGGCCGGCCUGCGUCGUGGCUCGCCCGACGGCCGCAUCCUCAAGCAGGCUCUGUACGUGCGCGAGCCCACGGCCACCUGGUUCGACGUCCGGCCUGAUAGCCCGGACUCGGGCGUCUUUCUCAUCGGCGACAGCGUCCACUCGACUCUUCCUCAUCAGGGCCAAGGUGCCUGUCAGGCCAUCGAGUCCGGCUUUGCUCUCGCACAGGUGCUCAAGAGCUGGCCGGACGCCGAUCUGGGCGCUGCCCUGCAGUAUCUGCAGGACCUGCGCAAGCCGCGGACCGACCGAAUUACGCAGUCCAGCUACGAGACCGGCAAGAUGGCCAGCGCCGACAUACCCGAAGACCAGUGGGCCGCCGCCUUCGACCCUGAGGUCGUGCGCGAGCGCAUGCGCUGGGUCAUGGAGUACGACCUGCUGGGCGAGCUGGCCAAGACGCUGCCACAGCCAGGCGACCAGUCGACAGCCGAGGACGAGAAGCUAGGCUCGGCCUCGGUGACGGUGUGCUGA